AGACUUCUAGCAACAGAUCAAACAGACUUACCAGGUGAACAGGUAGCAAGGUAUGUUAGCAAUUUAUUUAUUAUAUGUAUUUGAAAUUUUAAUUUUAAAAAUAAAUGGUUAGUUGUAAUUAAAAUUUAAAAGUCAGUGUUAAUUGUUUUCUAUAGAAUGUAGCAAGGUAAAGGGUCAAAAUGUAGUGAAAAUAUUAUUUUAAAAAAUGUAAUUAGACUUUUUUUUAAACUGUUUAUUUUAAGUAUUUGAAGUAUUAAAUAUGUGAACAUUCUGAAUUGACUUUUAUAACAGGGUCAUUGAGAGCAAAGCCAAGGAUUUCCCAGUGGGCUCCUUGGUGUGUGUCCAUGCUGGAUGGAGGUCUCACACUGUCAUUGAUGUCACACAGCCCAGAAUCUUUGGAACUGGUGUCGACCUCUUUCAUGAGGUCCCUGGUAUAUCUCCUUCUCUUUGGUUAGGGGCCGUUGGCAUGCCAGGGUAAAUAUGCGACUAAAUGUUUUAUCAUUUUUUUUAAUAUGCAAUUUAGGUUUGUUAUUUUAAAGGGAAAUUCCUUAAUAUACUAAGUAAAAUUAAUCCCAUUUCUUCCUGUUUAACUUUGGUAAUCCAAUUUUUAUUUUUAUAACUAUUUUCAUAAAUUUAGUACAUACUUUAGAUUUUUGCGGAAUAAAACCAAUUAUUCUUUAAAAUUAAAUAAAACUUUUAAAAGAAACAAACUUCCUUUUUUGAUUUAGUGAGCAUUCCUUUUUAAAUAUUGUAAGGGGACGUAAGCAUGUUCUAAAAAUUUAAAGGUGUUUCAAAGAUGGUCUCUCGUGUUUACAAAAAGAAUGAUUGUGAGUUUAAAAAGGUGUUGUUUCUCCAAAGACUGACCUAACUGCUUACUUGUAAAAUGCAGCGUUCUUCCAAGGGUUGUUUAACUUGACGUUAGGGACAUUGUUACACAGAGAAUUAUGUGUUUGGAUUAUGCUGAUAUGACUUAAGUUCUACUGUCUCUCACCAUUUGUCUUGUAAAAUGUAUAGAUAUGCACGUUUGAAAAAAGGUAAAUGAUUGGAUUAAAUCAAAUGUCCAUCAUUAAGAAUAUAAAGAUUUUUUGAAUUGCUUUUAUUUAUUAAUGUUAAUUAUCUUUCUGUUAUCCAAUACAAUUUUCAGCAACGGGGAAUAAAAUAUUCUGCCUUACACUGUAAAUAAAUAAAUACAAAUUUAAAAAAAAAAAACAACUUUUUAACUCUUAUUUUGCAGAGUUACUGCAUAUUUAUCCUUUCUUGAGAGAUGCGAACCAAAAUCAGGGGAGGUGAUUGUUGUAACUGCUGCCUCAGGGGCUGUUGGGGCAAUCGUGGGUCAGCUAGCCAAGACUUGUGUAGGUUUCAUUCAUCAUUGUAUAACAGACAAUUAAUGUUUGCAAAUGUAUUGUUUAUAUAAUGACAGUGGAAAGUUGUGUUAAGGGAAAGACUAAUUUAAAUUUAUAAGAGGGCUUUUCAAUUAUGAGUUACCGCCCACGUGUUGAAUUAUUUACGUUAGGCAUUUGCUAUCCAAACUUUUGUUAUAAUUCUUUGGCCAAAACUAUUUUUCCGAGAGGCCAAUGGCCGCACACCACUGAGAUCUCAAAAGAAAGUUGUUAUUUUACUUGUUACAAAACUGUCCACACUCGCUAUAUUUCUUACAUUAGGCGUGACGAAACAACAGCAUCAUCAGCUCAUCAAGAAUAUAACAUCUAAAGCGCUUCUAUAAUGAGAUAUUUGUUUUGAAUUUUGAUUGCAACAUUCUUAAUUUGAGGUAGUUAACCUGUUCUUUUGAGAUUAUCUAAGAGUUCGUUCCCCAGUCAAAGUGAUACGUUUAUUGUUUUUUUGUUUUUUUUAUGUCAGUUAUAACAGAGAAUCCGUCUUCACUGACAGGGUGGUUGGGGGGGGGGGGGGGGUCAUGGCUGCUACGUCUUAUCAACGAGAGUUUAUUUGGCCACACAUUCUUAUAUUUGUUAAUGAAAAAUACUUUUAAGAAUCACCCUACUGUCUCAACAUUCCAACUGUCCCUCACCAUUCCAACUGUCUCACCAUUCCUACAGUCUUACUAUUCCUAAUGUCUUUCUCCAUUUCUAGUGUCUCUCACCAUUCCUACUGUCUCACCAUUCCUACUGUCUCCCCAUUCCUACUGUGUCACCAUUCCUACUGUCUCAACAUUCCAACUGUCCCUCACCAUUCCAACUGUCUCACCAUUCCUACAGUCUUGCUAUUCCUAAUGUCUUUCUCCAUUUCUAGUGUCUCUCACCAUGCCUACUGUCUCACCAUUCCUACUGUCUCCCCAUUCCUACUGUGUCACCAUUCCUACUGUCUCAACAUUCCAACUGUCCCUCACCAUUCCAACUGCCUCAUCAUUCCUACUGUCUCACCAUUCCAACUGUCUCUCAACAUUUCUACUGUCUAACCAUUCCAACUGUCUCACCAUUCCUACUGUCUAACCAUUCCUACUGUCUCUCACCAUUUCUAGUGUCUCUCACCAUUCCUUCGGUCUCUCACCAUUCCUACUGUCUCUCACCUUUCCUACUGUCUCUCAGCUUUCCUACUAUCUCUCACAAUUCCUACUGUCUCUCACCAUUCCUUUUUUAUCUCACAAUUCCUAAUGUCUCUCACCUUUUCAACUCUCUCUCACCAUUCCAGAGGUCUCCUACCAUUCCAACACUCUCUAACCAGUCCCACUGUCUCUCACCAUUCCCACUGUCUUACAAUUCCUACUGUCUGUCACCAUUCCUACUGUCUCUUACCAUUCCACCUGUCUCUCACCAUUCAAGCUGUCUCUCACCAUUCCUACUGUCUCACGCCGUUCCUACUGUCUCUCACAUUUCCUAAUUUCUAUCAAAAAUCCUACUUUCUCUCACCAUUCCUACUGUCUCUCACCAUUCCAACUGUCUCUCACCAUACCAACUGUCUCUCACCAUUCCUAAUGUCUCAACAUUCCUACUGUCUCUCAUCAUUCCUACUGUCUCACCAUUCCUACAGUCUCUCACCAUUCCUACUGUCUCUCACCAUUCCUACUGUCUAACCUUUCCUACUGCCCCACCUUUCCUACAGUCUCACCAUUCCUACUGUCUGUCACCAUUCCUACUGUCUCUUACCAUUCCAACUGUCUCUCACCAUUCAAGCUGUCUCUCAACAUUUCUAGUGUCUCUCACCAUUCCUACUGUCUCUCACCAUUCCUACUGUCUCUCACCAUUCCUACUGUCUCACCUUUCCUACUGCCCCACCUUUCCUACAGUCUCACCAUUCCUACUGUCUGUCACCAUUCAUACUGUCUAUUACCAUUCCAACUGUCUCUCACCAUUCAAGCUGUCUCUCAACAUUUCUAGUGUCUCUCACCAUUCCUAUUGUCUCUCACCUUUCCUACUUUCUCUCACCAUUCCAACGGUCUCUCACCAUUCCUAAUGUCUCUCACCUUUCCUACUUUCUCUCACAAUUCCUACUCUCUCUCUCACCAUUCCUACUGUUUCUCACAAUUCCUAAUGUCUAUCACCUUUCCAACUGUCUCUCGCCAUUCCAACAGUCUCUCACCAUUCCUUAUGUCUCUCAUCGUUCUUACUGUGUAACCAUUCAUACUGUCUCUCACCAUUACUACUGUCUCUCACCAUUCCUACUGUCUCUCUUUAUUCCUAUGGUCUCUCACCAUUCCUACUGUCUCUCACCUUUCCUACUCUCUCUCACCAUUCCUACUGUCUCUCACCAUUCCUAAUGUUUCUCACCUUUCCAACUGUCUCUCACCAUUCCUACUGUCUCUCACAAUUCCUAAUGUCUCUCACCAUUUCCAUAUAACUGAGCAGCUGUUACCCUAUUUGCUACUAAAUGAAGAUCUCAUAAUCUCAUUUCUGAAUUACCAGGUACACGUCCCCAACGUCACAACAGUACAGGAUCGACCCACCCUCUUUCAUUCCUGGCUAGAUUACCUGUUUACAUGGCACGGCACCAUAAAUUGUUAACACUUCACACCGUGGUCAUUUGUGACACCUUAAGUACUGGUAUCUCAGCUCCCAUCUUGAUCACACUGACCUAAAGACUUUGCUGGCAUUGCUACCCUCCUACAAAGGGCAGUCGCUAACACGUGUUGCUCGCCAAUCUAUUUCAUCUUACUUGGUCCAGGCAUGGACAUUUUUACUCUGACCACAUACCUACACAUUACGUUACUUUUGGUUUUACAAGUAAUCUUUCCCAAUGCCGUUAGUAAUUAUACCUGAUACCUCAAUGCCCCCCCUUCCCUUGUACCUCCAGCAAAAGAAAGAAGAAGAAAAUAGAAUUAGAUUUCAGUUACCCUAUGUUCCCAAAUAGUUGCACUGCUGAUGUACGAGACUUAAAUUAUUGCUUCCUCUCAAGCCAUCCCACUUCUUACCUUUUGAGACCUCUCAACAUUUCUAUGUUACAACUUCUUCUGUGCUCUGACGCUUUCACGUUGGUGCUUUCCCAACAUCAGCCGUUAGAAAAUAUGUUCACCUCAUUCAAAUGUCGUUACACGUCAAAAAAUUGUAUCCAUCUCGGGCUGGUCAUUUAGAGUGAUUUCGUAGGCCCCGGGUUUCACAGCACUGUGUUAGGGGAAUGUUUAUUAUGACAUUUGUAUGACCUUGAAAUUAAUUUUACAAAAUAAACUAUGUAGAGCUACUAUUUUUGUUAUCAAGGGUCUGACAGUGAUAGGCAUUGCUGGCUCUAAAGACAAGUGUGAAUACAUUAAAUCUCUGGGAUUUGAUUACGCCAUCAACUACAAGGAAGACAACAUCUC